AUGGAGGUCCGGCCACUUCAAGGCUCCGAGAAGCUGCAGCAAGUCACGGAGCUCUUCGGCCUGCUUGAAAAAGACUUGAAGGAUAAGUCGCUCAGCUCUUCUCAUCGGGUGCAAAUUCUUCUACAGUUGAGACUCCAUGGCACUAACCCAGAAAAUGCCGGCCCUAUAUACUCAAAAGAGGGGAUAGAAGUUCUAGCUAAGUAUGGGGUGGAUGGUGACACUGUAGAUACACGGCGCGCUGCGCUGCGCUGCGUCGCAAAUGCACUGCUGUUGGAUCCAAAUAUGCGGCAACUUUUUGUCGACACAGGUCACGGUGGGAAACUUGCAGAAAUGCUCAAGACCGAGUCAUCCGAAGAUGAGAUGGUAACCAGUCGCAUACUGUUCCUUUCCACCUACGAUACUACAAUGGACUUUGAGCAACUCAUAAAUACCCAUUCUCUGGGAGAUAAUGUCAAUUAUCAAAUCUUCCGGCAUGCCAAGCAGUUUCCCAAAUCCGGGAAGAAACCUCUCUCCCAAAUGGAUGAGCUGGCCCUGAUUGACACCUUGAAGCUCAUCUUCAAUGUCUCAAAGCUGUAUCCGGAUCUUGCUGCAGCCUUCGCGCCUUCAAUUCCCUACAUCUUCAAGAUCAUCAGCCGCAUAGAUAUCCCCGCAAAGCCCUUGGAUGGCCUACUCAGCUAUCUCCUCAACUGCCUGUCGACCCUUGACUUAGAGAAUAAGAAGGGCAAGCCUUUUGAGAGCAGCCCCCUGUUUCCGACUUUCAAUCAAAACUGCAACGUUGACAAACUUAUCAACAUCCUGGACCAAGCAACAUCUCUGUACAGCCCUAGUGACCUGGAAAUCAAGGCCAUCCCACUUCUUCACUCUUUGAUCACCAUCUAUGACCUGGCACCCGAUGGGCCCCGCAAGUACAUGCAAUGGCUUCUCUUGCCUGAGGAGAACGACCGAAGUCGGCCUAUCGGACAAUCUGAUACCCUGUCGUCCAAGUUGCUCAAGCUCUCUACCGCCCCAUACGCAAAUUUGAAAACUGCGAUCUGCGAGCUCAUGUUCACGCUUUCCGGGAAGAACGCCGAAAACCUCACCAAGAAUAUCGGAUACGGAUUUGCGGCAGGCUUGCUGGCAUCCCGAGGCAUGGAGAUCCCACAGACAGCAGGGGAAGCAUUUGCCGCCGAAGAAUUUGAUCCGGCGUUGAAUCCCGUCACUGGACAGAGAUGGGACGCAGAGAAGCAGGACACGGGCCCACCCAUGACUAAAGAGGAGAAGGAACGAGAAGCAGAGAGAUUGUUCGUUCUAUUUGAGAGGGCCAAGGCCAACGGUAUUCUCAACGUUGAGAAUCCAGUUACGCAAGCUCUUCAUGAAGGGAGAUUGCAAGAACUGUCUGAUUCGGAUAGUGAUUAG